AUUUCGAUUAAAAAACAUGUGUGACUUGUCGUGUGAACACCGAGUCCUCGUUUAGAACUUUAAAAAUCACCAAUUGAGAAGGCUAUUAUGGCUCGUAAAAAGAGCAAGUCUAAAAAGGCAGCCCAGAGGAAACAAAACCUUGCAGAGAAUGACUAUGGGAAAGCUCCACAUACGUUUGUCUUCAAUAGGGGCAGGGUCGGAAAGAACGGCCUGCAGCUUAUGCUUGAUACCAGGCAAAUGAUGGAGCCUUACACCGCAUCAAGUCUUCGAGCCCGUAAGAAGAACACUCUGAAGGACUUUGUUGGAGUAGCCGGUCCUCUUGGUGUUUCUCACUUUCUUUCCUACACAAAGACAGACUCUGCCAUACAUAUGAGAAUAAUGAGGCUACCCAGAGGCCCAACCUUGACCUUCAAAGUUCACAAGUACACUUUAGCUAAGGAUGUUGUAUCGUCGCUACGGAAACCCAGCAUGUAUGCAUCUCAGUUCCUUCAUCAUCCUCUUCUCAUCCUCAACAACUUCAACGGGAAUGAACUCCGCUUCAAGCUCAUGACCACCAUGUUCCAGAAUAUGUUUCCAUCUAUCAAUGUCAACAAGAUUCAUCUGAAUGACAUCAGAAGGUGUGUUCUGCUCAACUACAAUGCCGAGACCGAGCGGAUAGAGUUCAGACACUAUUCCAUCAAGGCUGUUCCAAUGGGGAUGAGCCGAAGCACCAAGAAACUUCUCCAGAGUAAAGUUCCCAAUCUAGGACGUUACCAGGACGUCAGUGACUUCUUCCUCAACACUGGUCAGUUGUCCGAGAGCGAGGCAGAGCUGGACGGAGAACACAAUGAAGUGACCCUGCCUCAGAGGUUAGCUAGCCGAGGCAACCUGGACAACCAGAAGAGCGCCAUCAGGUUAAUAGAGAUUGGACCACGGCUACAGCUUGGCCUCAUAAAGAUAGAGGAAGGUCUAGGUGAAGGGGAGGUACUCUAUCAUGAAUCUAUAACAAAAACAAAGGAGGAAAUUUCUGCAGCUAGAGAGGUGAAAUUCAGGAAGAAGAUUGCAAAGAUCAAGAGGAAAAAGCAGCAAGAGGCAAACGUAGCAAAGAAACAGCAGGAGAAUGAAGAAAACAAGACACGUUCCAUUCAAGGGAUGAAGAGGAAGUAUGGGAAGGAGGGCGGCGAUGGAAAGAACGAAGGAGAAGAGGAGGAGAAGAAGGUGGAGGAGGAUGACGAUAUGCAGUAUUACAGAGACGCAGUGGGAGAGGAACCUGAUGCAGGUCUGUUUCCGAAAAAGAGAUCAAAAUCUUCUGAGGGCACCAGAGGCAGAGGCAGGGGCACCAGAGGCAGGGGCGACAGAGGCAGGGGCGAGAGCAGAGGCAGGGGCGACAACAAGCGGCAGAAAUUUGGAUCUCAAGAUCGUAGCAGAGGAGGAUCAGGGGAACGAGGAGGGGGAGGAGGAAGAGGAAGAGGAGGAGGAGGAGGAAGAAUGGAAGAUAGAAGAGGAGGUGGAAGAGGAAGGGGCGGAGGAAGAGGCGGAGGAAGAGGAAGGGGAAGAGGAGGAGGAAGAGGAGGUCGUCAUGAAGAUGGAUCCAGUAGUGGAAGCCAAUCCUUCAAGCCCAAAUUUAGUUCUAGAACUCAAGCCGGCAGAUCCAGAGGUGGAAGAGGAGGAAGAGGGCAGAAAAGGCCAUUCUCCAAGCACUAAAUUUGGACCAACGCAGAUCAAGAAAAUGAAGCCUAGGAACUCUUUAGACUGGACCUGGUCUAGGCUUUGGGCCUAAGUACUAAUGUCUUCCUCCAAGAGAGACAUGUAUGUUGUGUGGGCUCAUAGAGAAAGAUGGGUUCUGGUAAAGGCAAAAAAUAAUUUGCAAGCUUUUUUCAUUCUGUUAA